GAAAGAUAGGAAUCUGAAUCCGUCGUGGACCUCGCUUCGAGGUGCGGCUCAGUGUCACUAUAAUAUAUAAAUGCGUCGCUGAGAACCGAACUUGUUUUGGAGGCUAAGCUAAACUGUGAUUGAGAAAAAUUAGCGAAGUAGAAGAAAAUGGAAGACACACUCUCUGCUUUGAGGUCAUUGAUGUCUUCUCACUCCCCUUCUCUUGAUGCCUUAGUUGUUCCUUCCGAAGAUUAUCACCAGAGUGAAUAUGUAUCUGCAAGAGAUAAGCGCCGCGAGUUCGUUUCCGGCUUCAGUGGAAGUGCUGGUUUGGCACUUAUAACGACGAAAGAAGCACUCUUGUGGACGGAUGGACGAUAUUUUUUGCAGGCAGAGCAACAGCUUAGUGAUCAAUGGAAGCUAAUGCGCAUUGGCGAAGAUCCUGCUGUGGAUGUUUGGAUGGCUGAUAACUUGCCUAAAGAUGCAUCUAUUGGGGUUGAUCCAUGGUGCAUUUCGGUUGAUACUGCCCAAAGAUGGGAACGUGCUUUUGCUGAAAAACAUCAGAAGCUGGUUCAAACGACAAAAAAUUUGGUAGAUGAAGUAUGGGCAAAGCGACCUCCAGAACAGAUUAAUGCUGUUAUUGUACAUCCAUUGGAAUUUGCAGGUCGCUCUGUUGCAGAUAAGUUGCAAGACUUGAGAAAAAGGCUUGCGCAAGAGCGAGCCCGUGGCAUCAUUUUCACAGCUCUUGAUGAAGUUGCCUGGUUAUACAAUAUCCGUGGAAGUGAUGUGGCAUACUGUCCUGUUGUUCAUGCAUUUGCUAUUGUUACAACUAAUUCUGCUUUCCUUUAUGUCAACAAGGAAAAAGUAUCUGUUGAGGUAAAAACUCAUCUAGAGGAGAAUGGAAUUGGAAUUCGAGACUAUACAGCCGUGAGCUCUGAUGCAGCAUUGCUCGCAACUGAUGAGCUUGAUGCUCUGUCUACUGCCAAAGGUUCUCUAGCUGCAGUUACAAAGGAAGCAGAAAAGACUCACAAUGAGCUCAACAAGGGAGUAAAUGGUGAACAUCUAGCUGAAGAACAUAGUAAUGAUUUUGUAUGGGUUGAUCCAGGAACAUGCUGUUAUGCACUGUAUUCAAAAUUGAACUCUCAGACAGUUAUUCUACAGCAGUCGCCUUUGGCCCUUGCAAAAGCUUUGAAGAACCCAGUGGAGUUGGAUGGAUUAAGAAAGGCGCAUGUUCGGGAUGGCGCGGCUGUUGUGCAAUAUCUUGUCUGGCUAGAUAAGAAGAUGCAGGAAAUUUAUGGAGCGUCUGGUUACUUUUUAGAGGGUAAUUCUGUGAAAAAAGAAAAAGGAUCGGAGUCCUUGAAAUUGACUGAGGUGACUGCAAGUGACAAACUUGAAGGUUUUCGAGCAUCAAAAGAGCAUUUCAGAGGAUUGAGUUUCCCUACUAUUUCCUCAGUUGGCUCAAAUGCAGCUAUCAUUCACUAUUCUCCACAGGCAGAGACAUGUGCUGAACUUGAUCCAGACAAAAUUUAUCUAGUUGAUUCUGGAGCUCAGUAUCUAGAUGGAACAACCGAUAUUACACGAACUGUUCAUUUUGGGAAACCUUCAGCACAUGAGAAAGCAUGUUAUACAGCAGUCCUUAAGGGUCACAUUGCUCUUGGAAAUGCUAGAUUUCCUAAUGGAACAAACGGUCAUGCUCUUGAUAUUCUUGCUAGAGUCCCACUGUGGAAGGAUGGUCUUGAUUACCGGCAUGGUACUGGACAUGGAAUUGGGUCCUACCUGAAUGUUCAUGAAGGACCUCAUUUAAUCAGUUUCAGACCACAGGCUCGAAAUGUACCACUUCAAUCUUCCAUGACUGUUACAGAUGAACCUGGUUAUUACGAAGAUGGAAAUUUUGGAAUAAGAUUGGAGAAUGUGCUCAUUGUCAAUGAAGCUGAUACAAAAUUCAAUUUUGGUGAUAAAGGGUACUUGUCAUUUGAACACAUUACCUGGGCACCAUACCAGACGAAGUUGAUUGACCUGAACCUUCUAAUGCCUGACGAGAUAAGUUGGUUGAACUCGUAUCACUCGAAAUGUAGAGAUAUUCUGGCACCAUAUUUGGAUGUCGCUGAAAAUGCAUGGCUACAGAAAGCCACUGAACCGGUAGCUGUGUGAGCUUUGUUCUGAGCUGGGAAUGUCAACGACUUCAAUAUCUGCACUGUCCUUAGUUUCCACACAUUACAACUACUAUUUGAUGCCCUGUUGAGGUAGCUGUUCCUUAAAACUCGUACAGCAUUGAAAUUCCGAAUGCGUAUCCCCUUGGCAUCAAUUUUUCUUUUGGUGACUACUUGUCAUCAGUUUAUGCCUAGUUGUUUUCUUGUUAUUAGAAUAUUACUAUCAACGUAUUACUGUAAAGUGAUGAACAGUGAUGAACCUUGUACUAAAGUGAAAGAAGUGAACUGUCGAAACGACAGCUGAAAGUGGACCAGGUUUUAUUGGAAAA